AUGUACGAGGUGGUGGGAAACCAGUACGUGGUUUCCAGACCUGCAUACUCUGAAAAUGCUUUCCAAGUUGAGAAUCAAAAAGUGAAUAGAUAUCAUAAAAGAUUUCGGGAUCAUCUACGAGAAACUUUUGGGUGCUCAAAGCAGAAGGCUAAACGAAUAGCAUUUACAUUUUUUCCCAUUGCUUCAUGGCUGCCUAUGUACCGAAUCAAAGAAUGGAUUCUCAGCGAUCUUGUAUCUGGAGUCAGCACUGGUCUAAUUGCAGUCCUACAAGGUCUUGCAUUUGCUCUGCUGGUGAAUGUCACUCCAGAUUAUGGACUGUAUGCAGCUUUUUUUCCCGUUAUCAUCUACUUCUUUUUUGGUACAUCUAAACACAUAUCAGUUGGUCCCUUUCCUGUGUUGAGUUUAAUGGUUGGCACAGCUGUGCUGCGGUUGUUUCCUGAUGAUCUAAAUGAUCCAGAUUUGAAUAGCAAAAGAGUUACUGUAGCCGCUUCAGUGACGGUACUAGCUGGGAUCUUCCAGUUGGCAUUAGGACUACUGCAAAUUGGAUUCAUAGUCAUCUACUUGUCGGAUUCCUUGAUUAGUGGUUUUACAACCGCUGCUGCCAUUCAUGUUUUAGUUUCACAGUUAAAGUUUAUAUUCGGCUUAACAGUUCCACCAUUUAGUGGACCUUUGGCCUUGUUUUAUACUUUGAAGGGUGUAUUUACGGACAUCACAAAGACAAAUAUUUGCGACCUUGUGACAUCAAUAAUUAUAAUGGUGGUAGUAUUUGCUGUGAAGGAAAUCAAUGAUCGAUAUAAAUCCAAGAUACCUGUACCAAUCCCUAUUGAAGUUAUAAUGACAGUAAUUGCAACAGGCGUAUCGUAUGCAUUCAAUUUCCAGGCAAUAUAUAAGGUUGACAUUGUUGGAAAAUUGCAAAAGGGUUUUCAGCCUCCACUGGCACCAAGUCUUUCGGUAUUCCAAGACUGUGUAGCUGAUGGCUUUUCCAUCGGAAUUGUCGGAUUUGCUGUAGCUUUUUCUGUGGCCAAAGUCUAUUCCAUAAAGCAUGACUAUGUAAUAAAUGGUAAUCAGGAGCUAGUAGCCUUUGGAUUAAGCAACAUCUUCUGUGGUUGUUUUAGAGGAUUUGCUGCAAGUACUUCAUUGUCGAGGUCUGCCGUCCAAGAAAGCACAGGAGGAAAAACACAGGUAGCAGGACUUUUAUCAGCUAUAAUUGUCAUGAUUGUCACAUUGGCUAUAGGAUUUCUCCUUGAACCACUGCAAAAGUCUGUACUUGCAGCCUUAGUCAUCAUCAAUCUGAAGGGCAUGUUGAUGCAGUUCAAUGAAAUUCCUAAUUUGUUCCGGAAAGAUAAAUAUGAUUGUUUAGUAUGGGUGGUGUCAUUUAUUGCUGCUGUUUUACUCGGUCUUGACCUUGGAUUGGCAGCAGGAGUAGGAUUCGAGUUGCUGACAGUUGUAUUCCGUGCACAAUUUCCAAAAUGUUCCCAGUUGGCAAACAUUGGAGCAACUGACAUUUACAGAAACAGAAAAGACUAUCAAAAUAUCUAUGAGCAUCACGGAAUCAAGAUUUUCAGAUGUCCAUCGCCAAUAUUUUUUGCCAAUAUAGAUUUUUUUAAAGAUAAACUUGUGACUGCUGCAGGCUUUAACCCACUGAGAGUGUUACGCAAACGCAACAAAGCUCUAAGAAAAAUAAAGAAGAUGAUAAGUAAAGGGGAAUUCUAUAUCUCGCCAAAAGGAAUCAUUGCAACAAUAGAAACCAAUUAUGAGUCUGAAGAAGAACUGGACAAUAACAGGAUUGAAGAGUUAGACCAACCAAUAAACACCUCGGACUUGCCCUUUGCUAUUGACUGGAAUUCAGAUCUUCCCAGCAAUUUGAAGGUUCCCAAAAUCGAUGUCCAUAGUCUGAUCAUUGACUUUGGAGCAGUAUCUUUUCUUGAUAUAUCUGGAAUGAAGGGCUUUAAGGCGAUUUUGAAAGACUUUAUCAAGGUUGAUGUGGAUGUAUACAUUGCUGGAUUAGACAGCAAUGUCUUUGAAAAACUUGUAAAAUGUGGAUUUUUUGAUGAUGACAUUACAACCGCAAUGAUUUUCCUGACCAUCCAUGAUGCAGUUUUACAUGUACUAGAUAAGAAAAAUCUGGACAGCUUAGAAAAAUUAAAAGAAGUUAAGACAAAGUUUGAUGCAAGAGAAUAUUCAAAUAGACCAGUAAUCAUGGAUAAUGAAUAUACUGCACUUAAAGUACCCCAGAAUCCUCACAGGACACCCAAGCGCAACUUCAGAGGUGGUAAGAUCACCACGGCUAAUUUGUUCCUUGCUGCCUGGUUGGAUGCCACUGUGCAUCCAAUUGGCGUCAAUGGACUAAGUUACAAUACAGUGUAG